AUGAAGGCACCCGUGGCUCUCCUGCUGGCCCUGCUGCUGUGUGGGCAGCCAGGCACCAGGCAGGCGCAGGACGAGGAGGAGGAGGACGACGUGGACUUUGGGCCUGAAGGCUAUGACGAUGAUGAGGAGGAGGAGGAGGAGGCCAGUGUGGCUGCAGGUGGCAAGGGCAGAGGGCUGCUGCAGUGUUAUGACUGUCAGUCCCUGUACAUGGGGGAGCACUGCAAGCAAGUUCAGAACUGCGUCCACGGCCACAGCUUCUGCAAAGCCGUCAUCUCCCACAGGAACACGGAGUCGGGUCCUCUGACCACCUACUCCGCAUGGUGUGCAGACACGUGUCAGCCCAUCACUAAGACACUGGAAGGGACCCUGAUAAACCUGACCUGUUGCCAGUCCACUCUCUGCAACAUCCCACCCUGGCAGGACCCCCCAGGCAACGGAGCCGGUAGCCCCCAGGGCAGCCCCACGAUGGUGGCUCUCCUGCUCAGCCUCCUUCCCGGCCUUCACGCCGUGGGGUCCUGA